AUGCAUCUCGACUUCCGAGUAGAUGAAUUGCGAGGAAUUUCUGAUGCACUACGACUGGAUUUCGAUGUAUCGCAAAUUAAUUCUAAGGAUCAUGUGUUAACUGUUGAAGUUAGUAGUGAAGAAGACGUAAGGAAGAUCCUUUCGAGAUCACUGCUCCUAAAAUCUGCUUACUUCCACAUGCUUUCUGCCAGUUCUUACGAUGAUCUGUGUAAAGAAGUGCUGAAUCAUGCAAAAUCUUUUGAGGCGUUCGACUGUGCCGACCAAUCAUUCAGUGUGAAAGUGCGACCGAUCGGACGAAAGAAAGGUGUUAACUGUUUGGGAAUAGCUGAGAAAUUCGCUUCAAUUCUUCCACUUAACGACGCUCCUGUUGACUUGAACGCACCUCGUAAUGCUUUUUAUAUACUGGAAGAAUUUUCGGAUCCCUGUGCAUCAGAGCCUCAACGACUUUUCUUCUGCAGAUUGAUAGGUGAUGGCCAGUCCAAGUUGAAAUCCCUCUAUGAUAUCAAAACGAGACAGUACAUUGGAAAUACAACGAUGGAUCCAGAGCUAGCAUUCAUCCAGGGCAAUAUCACUUCGAUUAGGCCGAACGACCUAGUAUUGGAUCCAUUCAUGGGUACAGGUGGAUUGUUGCUUCCGGCUGCUGAGUUUGGUGCUUAUACCAUUGGCACGGAAAUUAACUACCAAAUAGCUAAGGCAAUCGGUUCGUGGUCUCUCUGA